GAAGCCCCACCUGUGAGAAAUACAGGCACCAUCAUGAAGAGGAACCAAAUUGCCUUCCUUUGUGGACUUGUCUUCCUGACUCUGACUGGAGUUCAAGCAUUCUGGAGCUCCAAAUCAAGACGCUGUUCCUGCAUUGAUGUCAGUGCCGACAUACAUAGGAAAAACAUAUUACAUCUGGAGCAGUUUCCUCCAGGGUCUUCAUGUUCAAACACCGAGAUCAUUGCCACAUUGGAGAAUGGGAUAAAAAAAUGUCUGGACCCAGAUUCCCCACGUGUGAAGAAAGCGGUAAAAGCCUGGAAGAAAAUGAAGGGUCACAAAAAGAAUAAACCCAAAAGAAGAAGUACAAUUCAACCAAGGAAGAAUGCUUCAAAGAAUAAAAAGUUUCAGCGUCGUCCCUCAGCAUAAGGGGCCAUUUCACCAAAAAGUCUUUCAGAUUUAGACAUUUUUAAAAGAAAAAAGUUAAAAAUUCUAAAUGUUAAAAAUGUGUCAGAAUAUGUAACUUUUAUUGUGGAUAGAAAUUUCAAGCAUGAUGAUGGCAUUAAUUGAUUCUGGGGUGUUUUUUAAAAAUGCAAUAAUUUCUCAGUUGAGAGCUUAGAAUGUAUAAUAAGGAGAGAGACAGGAACCCCCUCUUGUGGAAAAAUUUCCUCUUUAAAACGAAGAAAGAUGACAAAGAAGAUAAUCAAAACACAUUACAGAGAGGAAACAACAUAUCUGCAUUUAUGUGCACAUUAGUACACAUACACAUGCACCCUGACACCCACAAAGAUUCUCCUAUGUACAUGUGUCACUUAGGAAGCACUCCUACAUUUACCUGCCAAUAUAUCCCACAUUAUAGAUAAGUCAAGUCCAAUUUAGUUGACAAAAUCCCAGGGGAUCCCUUAGCUCCCUUCCCUAAGCAUUUCAUUUCACAGUUCAAACUUUAAAACAGAAACACUACAGCUCAAUUCAGGCUGAUUUCUUUUUUUUCUUACUAAGUUCUCAUGCUAUGUACUAUUGAGUUGCUUUGGCCUUUGGUGGACUAAUUAAAACAAUCUGUAUGUUUCACAAAAAUUACAAGGGUUGUAUAUAACCCUCCUUUUGGUACUGCCCAUAGGGGCUCAGGAAUAUAUUCAGGAUAUAAUUAAUUUAAAAAAAAAAGAAAGAAAGAUCCCUAAAGAAACCUGUAAUCUAAAGAAUCUUAUCUUUGAAAGGAGUAGUGGGGAUGGUUAGAGUGGAGUGAUGAUGACUGUACAUAAAUAGUAGGUUCUCUGAAAGGGGCUGGUUGACUUGGUGGGUUGACAAAGCGAUAAUUAAAGCCUACAAUCCAGAGCCAUCACUUGUGCCUAAAACUUGUUCACAAGCUCCCCCAAGUGGUCAGAUGAGCAAUAAUUCCUCCAGGGUCAGUUGGGCAAUCGAGGCAAAACUUUCAGGCCAUCUACAAAUGAGAGUUAGUGUUACCACUAGAAACACACCAGACUCUGGCUUUACAGGUCAUCUGUAAUCUGAUCCUAUACUAUCAACCUAAUCUCUUAAAAUAAUGAACUACUAUUCUCCAAUAUUCUCCCUCUGUCUCAAUUAAUCGCUCUAUCUCCAAACUCAUUUAGCCUCUUUCUAAUAAAUACACCUGCUCAUCCCUGCUUGCUGCCUUGAUUUACUUUGUGCCUCCUAUCCAUCAAAAGGUCUCCCUCCCCUGUACAAUGCCUAUUCAAUUUUCUAGAUCUCAGUUCAAGUCUUACUUCCUCCAUGAAGGCUAUUUAUUCGGACUCCUCCCUUCUCUAAAACCUCAUUUUGUUUAAAGUUAGUGGGUUUAAGCACUCACUUGUCUUUUAAUUGUUUCAUCAUUUUCCUCCUGAAAUAGAUUGUAAACUCCUCAAAGGACAGAAAUAAUAACACAGCCUCGUAGAUUUAGAGCUGAAGGCAAAUUGGAUGUCACUGAGUCUAAUCUCCUGGUUUUACAAAUAAGUAAACUGAAGUCUAGAGAGACAGGGUGAUUUGUUCAGUCUUACCAAAUUAGGUAAGUGUCUGAGGCAGUAUUUAAGUUCAGAUUCACAUGACUUCAAGACUCAAUCAACUAUACUGCAUUGAAUAUGUCUUUAUAGCCUACACGGUGUCUAUAGAUUUUCAAUAGAUAUCUGAUUGACUUAUUGACUAAUAUAUAUCUGGACUACCUUCUCUAAACUAGGGCUGGUCAUCAAAACUCAAUGCUCUUUGCAAUAGUCAUUAACAGUACAUUGAUAAGACUACCUGAACUGGACCAUGUUAAAACCACCUAUUCAUGUCUCAUUCAUAUUAACUUGUCUCCUGCUAUGUCUGAGAAAUACAUAAGGUAAAACAACUAAUUUUGCAAAAUUUUGCUCAAAAGAUCAGAAAAUAAAGGUAGAUUUCUAUUUUAUCUGA